GUGUCCGCGGGGUCAGAGGUCAGAGCGGACGGUUCUCGUCACGCCAAAAGCCGGAAGUGAGGUUCAAUCUGUGGCUUCUUCAGAGUAAACUCAGUCAAACUACAUCUGUGAGCUGCUGAGCGCAAGCUAAAUACGGUGUGUGGAGACUCUACAAUGGACUCUGACAUUUUGAACAUUGAGGAUAUAGUGAUGGGACGGGCAUUGCCAGAUCCACCUGUAGCAGAGCCACCCCCAAAACCUGCAGAACCAAUCAAACCAAAACCUGCAACAAAUGGACCCCCAGCACCAACUGUCACAUCAUACCAGCAUGAAAAUCUGCAGUGUUUUCAGUGCUUCAUCACUUUCUGUAGUGCCAAAGCCAAGGAAAGACACAUGAAAAAGAGUCACAGAGAAGAGUACAAGCAAGUUCUGCAGCAGGGAAACACUCUUUUCACAUGCUAUGUCUGUGAUCGUACAUUUUCGUCAUCUGAGGAGCUGACACAACACCAGCCAACUCACAGCAAAGAUGAUAAGCCCUUCAAAUGUGCCCACUGUAAAGAAAGCUUCAAAACCUUUUCAGAGUUAACAGUUCAUAGAAGACAGCAGUGCCCGGAGAGACAGUUCCCCUGUAAAGAUUGCAGUGAAACCUUCAGGAGUGCAGCUAUGCUCCGCACUCAUCGACUGGCUCAGCACCCGCGCCAAGAAGAGCCCACUGAGCUACAACCUGAUGAUGCAAACAAGGCUCCCACAUGUAAGAAAUGUGGUCAAAGCUUUGAAUCAGAGACUGAAUUUCUCUCCCACACUGAGGGCCCCGAUGGACAGUGUAACGGUACAGCUCCAGUGAAAAAACGCCAGGCCAACAAGCGAAAGAAGAAAGACGAGGGUGAAGAAUCUGAGGACCCAGAAAAAGCUCAGAGCACAUCUGAUUCAACCAGUGCUGUGGAGGAAAAGGGAAAACCAGGCGGCGCAAAGCGCGGCCGUCCUGCUAAAGCUGCAGCCAAGACAGAAGAAGAAAAACCUGCAGAUGAAGAUCAGGCAAAGGAGAAGAAGUCAAAAGCUGAGGCAGCUCCACCUCGUCAAGUGCCCUGUCCCGACUGUGACCUGACCUUCCCUGGUUUGAUUCAGCUACGUGCCCACAAAAAGGAGAAGCACACCCAAAAGAAAGCUCAUCCCUGUGAAGAAUGUGAAGAGAGUUUUGCCCGUCAGGAGCAGCUGGAUGCCCACAUGUCCAGGGUACAUGCUGUUGGCCGCUUCGCCUGUUCAACGUGUGGCAAAAGCUUUGGCCGUGAGCGUACGUUGAAAGCUCAUGAAAAAACCCACACGGAGGAGGAAAACCAAGCAACAAAAAGAUAAUUGGAACGGUUUGUCUGGCUCCGAAGAUUUUAGUCCCUAUUGGUCUCUUCUUUUAACGUUGUAGUUUUGAUCAUGCAUCACAUGAAUUGAUGUGAGGAGACUGUUCUUUUAACUUGUUUUGAGGUGUUGAUCAUGAGCUGAUAUAGGAUAUACAUUAGAUUUGACUAACAAAAUGUUGAAAAAAAUGUUUCUCUAAUUGUUAACAUUUUUUAAAUAACUUUUUUAUCAUUUCAUUUUGUUUUAAAUUGUGUAUUGUGUGUGUUGUGUAUUUUAACUUUGCUUGACUUUUCUUUUGUUUGCUUAAAAAAUUAUUUUGAAACUGUACAAAAAAAAUUGUGAAACCGUUUAAGCAUCUUAUAAUGAAGUGUUUUUGUACAACUUACAGUUUAUAUUGUACAUUUUACCAUUGAUAUUUGAUUAUCUUCAUCUCUAAAUUAUGACACAAGUAUAGAUUUAAAAAAAAACAACUAUUAUUUUGAUUAUGUUUAAACGUAGUUUCAGCUAAUCACUCCAGAUGCAAUGUGGAGUGUUUGGCUUGUGGGCAGAUAGUUCCACUAUGUGUUUUUUUUUUUUUUUUUUUUUGCUUUGUUUUAUUUCUAAGAAUUUGGAUUGUAGUUUUUCAUUAUUUUUGGCUAUUUAAUGCUUUAUAGUCUCAUACCAACUGUAUAUAAGUAAAUUGUUUUGACAUCUGUCAGCAUAGUUACAAUGUAAUAAAACAUACUCUUGCAAGUGAAAACUAA